AUGUCUGAUAGAAAAUUGAAUGUUUUACCAACAACCACGGCUUUAUCAUUUGCAAAUAUCUCGAAUAUAGAAGACAUUACAUUGUUAAAAACAACAAAAGAAUUUGAUGAUUUUCUAUCGUUGUCAUCGGUUUCCCAUACGUUGUUGCUCGUUCAUAUUGAAUUAAAAAAUAGUGAGGUGUGUAAAACUUUAAAUGAUGCACUAUUAAGUUUAACUCGUGAACCAGAAUUUAUACAUAAAUUGCAAUUAUGUUGUGUAAACGCUGAGGGUGAUGUUGACGAUCUUCUAAAUCGGUAUAAUGUUACAUCGGCGCCAACAAUACUAUUAGUACAUAAAAAACAAGUAAUUGAUCGUGUUGAUGGUUUUAAUCAGAGUGAACUGAUUAAAAAGAUUAAAUCACAUUUAAACACAAGGGAUAUUGUUAAUACAACAAUCAAUCUGCAACAGCAAACAUCACAAUCAUCAGAUGAUACAGAACAACGUAUUAAACAGUUGUUAAAUCGAUCAUCGAUUAUUUUGUUUAUGAAAGGCACGCCGACCAGUCCUCUAUGUGGUUUCAGUCGACAAGUCUGUCAUCUAUUGGAUGAAAAUAAUCAUAAAUUUGAUUAUUUUGAUGUAUUAUCUGAUGGUAAUUUACGUGAACGAUUGAAAAAACAUUCCAACUGGCCGACAUAUCCACAGUUAUAUGUAAAUGGUGAACUUGUUGGCGGUCUUGAUAUCCUGAAAGAAAUGAUCAAAAGUGGUGAAUUUCAAGCAAAAGUUAGAUCGCAGAAAAACAAAGAAUUAAUAGUCAAUUCAGACAGACAAUUAGAAAAGUUAAUCAAUCAAGCAUCUAUUAUGUUGUUUAUCAAAGGUUCAAAAGAGCAGCUACAAUGUGGUUUUACAAAGGAACUAUUAGAAAUAUUGUCUCGUGCAAAAAUCAAUAACUAUAAAACAUUUAAUAUUUUGGAAAAUGAAGAUGUUCGCCAAAAUCUCAAAAUAUAUUCAAAUUGGCCGACAUAUCCUCAAAUUUAUGUCAAUGGACAAUUGAUCGGCGGUCUUGAUAAGAUAAAACAAUUGAACGAACAGGGAACAUUACGUGAAACAUUUAAUAGUAACGGACAAGCAGUUUGA